AUGAACAGCUCACAGGUGGUCGCUGCGGCCAGAUCCACGUGGCCGAGUUGCUGCAACCAGUCUGGGGUGCCAUUCCAACCCCAGGAGGGGCCACCCAUGGUGCAGGCGGUGGUGCUGGGCGUGCUUUCGCUGCUGGUGCUCUGCGGGGUCCUGUUCCUGGGUGGCGGCCUCCUCCUCCGCGCCCAGGGUCUAAUAACAGUGCUGGCCCGUGAAAGGCGCUCAUCCCACGAGGUUGAGCCUGAUGCCAGUGGAGGGUUUGAUGACUCCUAG